AUGGAUACCCUUAUGAAAGACAAACCCGUGGGCAUUUCACGCACUUCGACCUGCUCUCAUGGCGAUGUUGAAACUAUAGCACGGCAACGAACCAUCACGAAGCGUGGUAUCAAAAGCAGACAUGCCCAAAUGAUAGCAAUCGGCGGCACAAUUGGAACCGGUCUCUUCGUCGGUUCUGGCCAAGCCCUGGCCAUUGCCGGCCCAGCCUUCCUGCUGCUGGCGUACAUUAUCAUGAGCGCUGUUGUAUACGGUGUAGUGACAGCACUCAUGGAAGUCAGCACUUAUCUCCCCGUGAGCGGGUCCUCCUCGGCCUUUUACGCGACGAAAUAUGUUUCCAAGUCUCUUGGAUUUGCAAUGGGAUAUCUCUACUUCUACAGUUUCGGUAUUCUUGUGGCUUACGAGAUCACGGCUGCAGCUAUCGUGAUAAACUACUGGCCCAACAAUGUUCAUAUUGCGGUCUGGCUGACUAUUAUGAUUGUCGUCAUUAUCGUUCUCAACUUCAUGCCUGUCAGCCUAUAUGCAGAGAUCGAGUUCUGGUUUGCUUCCGUCAAAGUCAUCUUGAUUGUCGGGCUUUUGAUCCUAUCUUUCAUUCUGUUCUGGGGCGGCGGCCCAUCAAGGGAUAGACUUGGCUUUCGCUACUGGGAGAAUGCAACAAAGGCAUACAUUGUGCCUGGAGCCGGUGGGCGUUUCACUGCCUUUCUUUACGCCUGGGCCUUUUCAUCUUUCUCCUUCUUCUUUGGGCCUGAGCUCAUCGUUUUUACGGCUGGCGAGAUGCAAAAUCCGCGUAAGAAUCUGCCCAUUGCUUCACGGCGAUUUUCAUACCGUCUCUUUGGCUUCUACAUACUCAGCGCCCUUGCUAUUGGGGUCAUCUGUGACUCAAAUGCUCCAAAUCUGACCUCUGCUUCCGGGAACGCCAACGCAUCGCCGUGGGUCAUCGCAAUCAGGAACGCUGGCAUUCCUAUCCUCGACAGUAUCAUCAAUGGUGGCGUUCUCAUCUCUGCAUGGUCUGCAGGAAACGCGUUCUUGUACAUGUCGAGUCGCGCGCUCUACUCUCUGGCAGUAUCUGGCAACGCGCCCAAGAUCUUUGCCAAGUGCACCAGUUACGGCCUCCCUGUUUAUGCCGUGGGCGCGAGCAGCCUCUUCCCACUCCUGGCGUAUCUCAAUUGUGCGGCCGAUAGUAGUGUCGUCUUCAAUUGGUUCAUCAACCUGACCAACACGGCAGGCUUCACGUCCUGGAUCUGUUGUAUCAUUGUCUUCCUUCGUUUCCGAAAGGCUUGUGCUGCGCAGAAUGUCCUGCCGCCUUACCGGUCCGUCACUCAACCUUAUGCGAGCUGGUUUGCGCUCUUCUUUGUAAUCAUGCUGCUCCUGGUAAACGGCUUUACUGUAUUCUUUCCUGGGAGAUUUACGGCUAGCCAGUUCUUGACAUCGUACAUUGGCAUCCCCAUCUUCCUAGGCAUAUAUUUGACUCACCGAAUUGUUUUCAGAAAGGAGCCUUGGGCCUAUCCGCCCUCGGAAAUUGAUCUGGUUACAGGGGUCCACGAGAUAGAGGCGGAUGCUGCGCGCUGGAAGGAGGCAGAGGAGAAACGAGGGGAAAACAACAAGUGGUGGGCAAAACUUGCUGUUCUUUGGGAGUGA